CCCACCCAUAACCCCCCGUCCGCAUACUCCGACCGUUUGAAGUUCGCCCCAACGUAUUCGCACCGAAAACCGAUUCCACACAUACGCACGGUGUCGUCAUGGCCGCCGACGCUUUCAGGUCACAGAUGAACUCGCUCGGAUGGUCGAGGAGGGAGGAGCCUGCGGUCACCACGUCUGCGUCAUCGCCGUUCUUGUCGCGCAUCCAGUCCAUGAACCCGUUCGCCUCGGGGAGCAGCGGCUAUGUGCGACUGCCCACGAGCUACUCGGAUCCACCGCCACAACUGCCGGCGCGGACGCGACAGGAGGAGGAUGAAGCCUUUUUUGCACUGAGUAGAUGGGAUCGUAUCCUCGCGUUUUCGGCUUGCAACCUGGGAGCAGCCGCUUGCUUCGUCGUCUGCUUCUUCCUGUUUCCCGUACUCUCGUUGAAGCCGCGGAAAUUCGCAGUGCUCUGGACCGUCGGAUCAUUGCUCUUCCUGUCUUCGUGGGCGAUCCUUCAGGGUCCGAUCACGUACGCGAAACAUCUCAUGUCCACCCCGAGACUGCCUUUCACGGCUGCGUAUUUCGGAACCAUAUUGUGCACGCUGUAUUUCUCUGUCGGGCUCCAGUCGACAAUACUCACGCUCCUGGCCGCGAUCUGCCAGAUGGUCGCUCUGGUGUGGUAUCUGGUCUCAUACUUCCCGAUGGGCUCUACAGGCCUGCGAUACGCCAGCAGCUUUGGAGCGAGACAGGCGACCGCGUGGAUGCAAGGUUGAUCUUGCUCAUGCUCUGGCCGGUGGGGGUGGGGAUAGGUUGGGGAUGGGAUGGCGACGGGAUGGCGGCGGCAUGGUGAUGGGCAUAGUGGAUGUCAACGGAGGACUGAAGCGAAGGAGGGGUGGUGUAUGUAGCGUAGCAUACACAUACCUAACACACAUACACACGUAGAUAGGCGGAUCCGGAGCGCUCUAUCUCGCAUCGCAUUGCAGCUGAUGCACGGUGAUCUUGGAAACGAGCUUACGAUGCGUCUUCUACUACAGUACUAUAGGCGUAGGAGAGGGGGGG